CUUAUGGAACGAUUCUACAUGGGCCAUUUUGCUCGAAUCGAGCUCGAACGUGCUACGUAAUAGAGGCUCUUUCUUCUCGUUGUUCGAAAAAAAAACAUAGGUUUUUUUAGCUUUGAUUCUUCAAUUCAUGACAAAUUCACUUCCAAUGAAUCAAAUUCAAACGUUGAUGGGGGUGGGAUUGAAUGUUUCUUCUCCGGUGGCGUCGUACGAAUCCUCAGCGAAUGGUCCAGCCAUGAGAGCCUGCUCGACGCUCUGUUUUACUGGUGAUGCAGGGCGUUCUACUUUCAUCGCCGUUUGCACGUUGACAGCCUUCACCAGGACUUACCCUCGCUCUCCAGACCUUCCAUCAACCUCCACGAACGCCUCUGAUCCGUCGUGCUGCGUUGGCUUGGCAUGUUCGUUGUCAGCAGCACUACUUGCUUCGGCGCUCUGUUUUUGCGGCGAAAAACAAAGGUGUUGCAGCUGGUUUGAUUCAUUGCCAGAUUUCUCCUCAACAUCAACGGUGUCUUCAACAAGGCCGUCUGAUACUCGUCUUGGAGUCUUCUGACCUUCGUCAAAUCGUCAACAGCUUGUUCCUACGACAAAGGAAUCAAAACAAACGUUUUCUUUUGUUUCCGAAGUCUGAAUUUUCUGCUUCUUCUGCCAACAAAUUCAACCUGUCGAUUUCGAAACCAAGGCUGCCCCAACACGAUAUGGUUGGGAAGGUUGUAUACCAUAUCACACAGAACCUGGUCUUCAUAUCGACCAAUUGUGAACUUUACGGCCACUUGGGAAAUCACGAAGCUUGAGUGUUCUUCGUAUGGCAAUUGAACGAUAUAGGGCUUCAGAUGUAGCUGUGAUUGAAGCCUUGAUUGCUCACGACCCUAGAGGAAAUAAAAUUCCUCUCCCUGCCUCCAUCAACGAGAACCAAGCACACGUUCUCUUGUAUCAAACACCGCGUGAAAAUCAUGGAUGGUAACCACUCUGCUGGCGCCAUUAUAUUGUUGCUCUGUUUCGUGCUGAGUUUUUGUCUAAAACACAGCCGUCAAUCCUUUUCGUCACUGACUUGAACUUAAGGCUAUGAUGCCACUUGAUAAACCACUGACAUGAACUUAAGGCUAUGAUGCCACUUUAAACGGGUAAGUAGAAUUCUCGCCACAAUCGAGGUGAUUAAUCAAUUGAUAAGAGAACU